CACAACUUCCGGCUUUGCAGCGUUCGCGCCUUUUCCCGCCUCAGCCCCACCCUCAUGGCGAGUGCCGGUGUCAGCGGCGACCCUCGACCUCUGACCCCUCAGGCCAUCCUUCGUUAGACCCCCAUGUCCCACACCAUGUUUUCAGAGCAGGCAGCCCCCACGGCGCAGGGGCUGCUGGCCCCCCCCUCGGCCGAGCCCCCCACCUUCCCCCGGGUGCCUGUGUCAGGCUAUUCUGACUGCUCACAGCCCUUCCAGCUGGGCGAGCGCAGCUUCUCCCGGCAGUACGCCCAUAUCUACGCCGUGCGCCUCGCCGGGAUGCGGCCGGGCCUGGAGCAGCGUGCACGGAGCCGAUGGGCUCCUGAGGUUCUCCCAGCCUGUAUCCCCCGUGGAUCCCCUGAAGCCCAGGGACCUGUCAGCGUGUCAGGAUCUUCUCUGAAUGUAAUGGGGAAUGACAUUGCACUGCGGAAACUCUCAGAGCUGCAGGCAGGAGAGAAGUGCUGCGUGGUGGGGACGCUCUUCAAGGCCAUGGAGCUCCAGCCCUCCAUCCUGCAGGAGAUCAGUGAGGAGCACAACCUGGUGCCUCAGCCACCCCUGCCCAAGUACAUCCAGCCCUCUGACGAGCUGAUCCUGGAGGAUGAGCUGCAGCGGAUCAAGCUGGAAGGAGCCAUUGAUGUGCAGAGGCUGGUGACAGGGACCAUCUUGGCUGUGUAUGGCUCUGAGCAGGACGAUGGCAGAUUCCUGGUGGAGGAUCACUGCUUCACCGACUUGCCGCCACCACUGCCCUGGAACGGGCCCAGCUCUGACCGGUUUGUGCUGCUGGCCUCAGGACUGGGGCUGGGCAGUGUGAGUGGGGAGGCCCUGCUGAGCACUCAGCUACUGGUGGAUGUGGUGACGGGGCAACUGGGUGCAGAGGGCGAGCAGAGCUGUGCUGCUCACAUCACCCGUGUCAUUCUGGCUGGGAAUCUGCUGAGCCAGAACACACAGAGCCGAGACACCAUCAACAAGGCCAAGUACUUGACCAAGAAGACCCAGGCUGCAAGUGUGGAGGCUGUGAAGAUGCUGGAUGAGAUCCUGCUGCAGCUCUGUAGCUCCGUGCCUGUGGACGUGAUGCCCGGCGAGUUUGACCCCACCAACUACACGCUGCCUCAGCAGCCCCUGCACCGCUGCAUGCUGCCCCUGGCCGGUGCCUACGCCACUCUGCACCUCGUCACCAACCCCUACCAGGCCAACCUGGACGGUGUCAGGUUUCUGGGGACGUCAGGACAAAACAUCAGUGAUAUCUUCAAAUACAGCAGCAUGGAUGACUACCUGGAGAUCCUGGAGUGGACACUGCUGGCAGGACACAUCAGCCCCACGGCCCCAGACACCCUCGGCUGUUACCCGUUCUACAAAUCUGACCCAUUUAUCCUCACCGAGUGCCCUCACGUCUACUUCUGCGGCAAUGCGCCCCACUUCCAGUCCAAGCUGCUCCAAGGGAAGGAGGGGCAGCGGGUGCUGCUGGUGACAGUGCCGGACUUCAGUGCCACGCAGACUGCCUGCCUCGUCAACCUGCGCAACCUCACCUGCCAGCCCAUCACCUUCUCCAGCUUUGGAGCUGACAGUGAGGAUGGGGACAUGGAAGUUGGACACUGACCAUAGGGAGGGCACAGACUCCAGAAGCCCCCACCCCUCAAGGGGUCCUGGCAGCCCACUGCUUUUGUCUGUCCUCUGGGAGGGUGACAGAGCUGGGUGGGGAAGCACUGGAGGGACAAGAUGUUUGUACCAAUAUAACUUGAUUUAUUUGUGUAACAAAAACUA